AUGGAGGGAAAGAGCGUAGUAGGUGGUUCUCACAAACUUGCUGAUGGGAGUUCUUCCUGCGGCACGAUUGGCGCAAACCCGGGUUAUGCCGGUACAAGCACCCCGUUGGAUGCCAGUUCUUCGUUGUAUUUUGGGAAGGUAGUAGAGGAUGCCGUACCUGUGAGAGUUGAAGUUGGAGAAACCACCACACGACACACCGAUCCACAGGGUGCGUCCGUUCCUCUGACCAGGAAGGCAACCGCUAAGGACCGUAUAGCAGUAGAAAAGACAUCGGAUUUCGUAUUUUGCGACGAAUGUGGUCAAAACAUUCCAGUCUCCGAGUGGGCGGAUCACCGUGAACAUCCGCGAGUGGUGGAACAUGUUACCUCAUGGGUGGGUAGAUUGAACAAAUUAUUGAUUCGUCUUUUCAUCGAUUUUUUCAUGUGGGUGCUCAUGAAUAUUUACUUUCGGGAGGUUGUGGUGGUUAACGAAAAGAGCAUUCCAAAAACUGGUGGUGUUGUGUUUUAUGGUAACCAUCAGAAUCAGUUUAUCGAUGCUAUGAUGAUCCGUGCAAACUGCGGCAGGCCCGUGCGAUUCGUUAUGGCGGAGAAGUCGUUUCAGAGACCGAUCAUCGGUCUCUUCGGCCAUAUGACGGACGCAGUGCCGGUUAUAAGGCCGCAGGAUGCUCCUCUCAACUCUGGUGAGGGGCGUCUUAUUCGCAUGGAUGGAGAUAUGAUUUAUGGGGAGGGUACAAAGUUUACAAUGUGUCUUUCCGACAGGGAUGUCAUAAUAUGGUACAGAGAGGAUGUAAAGUGCACCGCACAGGUUUUGAAGAUAAACUCUGACACGGUGCUGCAGUUAACUAUGCCCGUUGCGGCAUGUGAUGCGGUGACUAAGCCUGUGGGGUUUCAAGUGUCUCGGCGCAUCGACCACUCUGAAAUGUACGCCAGCGUUUAUCAGACGCUUCAGAGUGGGCAAUGCAUCGGCAUCUUCCCAGAGGGUGGGUCGCAUGACCGCACAUCGCUGCUACCUCUCAAGGCAGGUGUCGCUUUAUUUAGUCUCGGAGCGGCGGUGCGUGGCAUAGACGUCAAGGUUGUGCCGUGCGGACUAACCUACUUUUACGGCCACAAGUUUCGCAGUCGGGCUCAUGUUGAAUUUGGCGAACCAAUUACACCCUCGGCGGAGGUUGUGGCGCUUUUCAACACUGACAAACGCAAGGCCACUGGCAUUUUUUUGGAGCAACUAAACGAAGAACUACGCGGCUUUACCAUAAAUGUGCCCAAUAUGAGUGCCCUAAACUUUCUUCAUGGAUUUCGACAGCUGUAUCAACCACAAAAUUGUAUUUUGGCGACACGGGAUCACCUACGUCUGACGCGCCGUCUUAGUGUAAUUAUGGAGGAACAAAAGGGUAACCCAGAAUUCAUUGACUAUCGAAGUAGAGUAGAAAACUAUCAGGAUUACUGUAAUGCACUGCUUGUUCGUGAUAGCCAAGCGGCGACACUGGGGAAAUUGGGAUCUAAUGAAGCGCGACAGCUUCACUUGAUGUUUCGAAGGUGUUUUACUCUAUUUUUGAUGGGUGUUAUUUUGGUACCGUUCUUUGUUGUUGGGCUCCCCAUCGGUAUUUUAGCAAAAUCCUUAUCUGAGAGGCACCGCAAGAAGGCCCUUUCGCAGAGUAAUAUAAAGAUUGUAGGCACCGACGUAAUGGGCUCGUACAAACUCAUUGUAGGUUUUAUCAGUGUGCCUGUCGUAUUCUCAAUUGUCUCAAUUAUCACAUACGUGUACACCGAUCUCCGUACUGCGUUAACAGUCUCAGUUUGCCUUCCCAUGACAAUGUACGUUUCUCUGCUGAUUCUCCAGGAGGCCGCAAUUGAAAUGCGAGCCGCUCUGCCCCUCUUCAUGUCGUUGAUAUCCAAACACAAACAGUUUUGUAAACUGUACGAACGACGCCGUGCUUUAGUGGCAUUGACUAAGGUGCUCGUGAAAAAGUGGGAUCCCGAGUUAGAGGAGGAGUUGCAGCAUUACGUACAGGAGUCUAAGCAGAGCAUGAAACUGCGUGAACCGUCAUUGUUUUCCUUGCGGCACGGCGGGCUGCGCCGGCUUGCGGAUAUCAAAAAUUGA